CAGGCGAGUCCGGCCCGGUAUUCCUGGUAGUUCAGGAGGGCCUUGGGUUUUCUGUCUCUCCAUAGUCUGGCAUAAACGGAUUGAAAUUCCAGUUUUCUCACCCCCGGUCACAGCGAUGGGAAAGCUGAAUGUAGUGUUGCUGAGGUACCUGCAGAGAGAUGAUUUCAGAGUGCUGGUUGGGGUCGAAAUGGGAAUGAAGAAUCAUGAAAUUGUUCCACCCAGUCUUAUUGCUUCAAUAUCAAACCUUAAACAUGGUGGAUGCAAUAAGAUCCUGCGUGAAUUGGUAAAGCAUAAACUAUUGGCAUAUGAGAGAACAAAAAUGGUUCAGGGUUAUCGACUGACAAAUACUGGAUAUGAUUACCUUGCUCUGAAAACUCUUUCUUCACGAAAUGUCUUUAAUUCAGUUGGAAAUCAAAUGGGAGUUGGCAAAGAAUCUGAUAUUUAUAUAGUGGCAAAUGAAGAGGAACAACAGUUUGCUUUGAAACUGCACAGGUUGGGUCGUACAUCAUUUCGAAAUCUGAAGAACAAACGUGACUAUCACAAACACAGACAGAAAAUGUCAUGGCUUUAUCUCUCUCGUCUUGCAGCAAUGAAAGAAUAUGCAUAUAUGAAGGCAUUAUAUGACCGAGGAUUCCCUGUUCCUAAACCAAUUGAUUUCAACAGACAUGCAGUGGUCAUGGAGCUUGUAAAUGGUUAUCCCAUGUGUCAAGUUCACCAGCUUGAUAAUCCUGCAGAAACCUAUAACGAAUUAAUGGAUCUUAUUGUUAAACUUGCUAAUCAUGGUUUAAUUCAUGGUGACUUCAAUGAAUUCAACUUGAUGUUGGACGAUGAGGAUCGUGUCACAAUGAUUGACUUUCCGCAGAUGGUAUCUACAUCUCACCUAAAUGCUGAAUGGUAUUUUAAUAGAGAUGUAAAAUGUAUUCGUGAUUUUUUUAUCAGACGCUUUAACUAUGAAAGUGAACUUUAUCCAACAUUCAGGGAUAUCAGUAAGGUGGCUUCACUGGAUGUGGAGAUUGAAGUUAGUGGCUACACUAAAGAGCUCCAAGAAGAUUCUGAGCUGCUACAUGCUUCAGGCCCUGAAACAGAUGAUGUUGAAACUGGAUUUUCAGAAGAUGAUUUAGAUCAUGAAAGUAAAUUCUCAAAUAAAACAUCUGAAAAUGUUGAUUUGGUUUCUGAAGAUGAUGCAGAUUCUGAGAAGUUUCCUACUAAUUUGAAAAUUGUGGAAAAAACAUGUAAGGAUGUUUCGGAAACCAAUGAAAUUGAAAAUAUUGAUCUGCAAAACCUGAAAAUAAAUGUACACAAAACUGAAAAGCAAAAUAGAGAAGUUGUUGAUACUGUUGAACUCUCCGGAAUCGAUACAGGAUAUAAUCUUGAACAUGCCUCUGAAGCUGUGCAUCAUUCGGGCCAGAGUGAUGAGGAUCUAGGAGAUGAAGACAAAUGCCCAAACUUAGUGGAUCUAUCAGCUCAAAACAAGGAAUUUAGACCUUUCAGAAAUGAACUCAGCUUGAUGCACGUCAAUGAGCACAGACAGAGGACAACCAGUUUAAGUUCUGCGGGAAGUCUGAUGAGUACUUCAACAAUCCCGCCGGAUGUCAUCAAACGGAAAGUUAAACAGCAAUUAUCCAAACAGCAGAAGACAGUAAUCAGAAGACGUUUACAGAAGGGAGAGGCCAACGUCUACACCAAACAGCGACGAGAAAACAUGCAGACUAUUAAAUGGAGUGCAGAAGCAGCAAGCUUUUGGGGUUAAAAGGAGCUUAUUAAAAUUCAGAAAAUGCAAGAAGUUCCAAUCAAGUGAAUACAAUGUAAAUGUAAAAAUUAAUUUGUGGUGAUUUCUGUAUAUUUCAAUUGUUAACAUUUCCUAUAUAAAAGCACAUUAUCAUAUAAAA